CCUACUUGCGACGAUACAUGUCGGUAAGCCUAACUGUAACCUAGUGCGUGGGGGGGAAAAAAAGUUGCCGGAGGGGGAAAAACGGGACGCUCUCGUUCUGGAUACUCGGUGUGUGUUUUUGUCAGGCGACGAAGACGGAGUGGGAGUUGAAAAGCUGCGAGUUCGUCUACAUGUCUGCGUUCGUUCUUAUAAAAGUGUAAACAGCUGGCACGUCCAGCCAUGAUCGAAGACAAGGGUCACCGCGUGACGGACUACUUUGUGGUGGCCGGGCUGACGGACAAGUCCACGCCGCUUGAGCAGGACCUGUCCGAGGCCAAGUCCAGUGGCCCCAAGGCCCCCAUCACUGACCUGGCCAUCAUCAACAAGUCGGCAGGUGAGACGACGCCCGAGGGCUUCACCUGCAUCGAGACCACCUACAGCGGGCAGCCGGCCAACCUCAACCACGGCAGCCUUAAGAGCCCUGAGCUGUUCCUCUGCUACAAGAGGGGACACGGGAAGUCCCCACUAAGCGACAUUGGGGUGCUGUACGAGGGAAAGGACCAGCUAAUGCCAGGAUGCGAGGCGAUCCAAGCCACGCCGUACGGCCGCUGCGCCAACGUCAACAACAGCUCGGCCACGUCCCAGCGCAUCUUCAUCACGCUGCGCCGCGCGUCGGCGGUCCAGCUGAAGAACUCCCUGGCCGUCACCGACAUCUGUGUAAUAGUCACCAGCAAGGGCGAGACCCCCCCCCACACCUUCCUUAAGGUGGACAAGAACCUCAACUGUGGCAUGUGGGGCUCCAGCGUUUACCUCUGUUACAAGAAGUCAGUGUCAGCCUCCAACUCCAUCACCUAUAAAGCAGGUCUGAUCUUUCGCUACCCAGAGGAAGAUUAUGAGUCUUUCCCCCUCUCGGAGUCGGUCCCUCUGUUCUGCCUUCCCAUGGGGGCCAAGAUCGAGUCCUGGGCCCCAAAUGCACGCCAACCGUUUCCUGUCUUCUCCACUUUCGUCCUGACCAACUCCUCCGGAGAAAAGGUCUACGGCGCUGCCAUCCAGUUCUACGAGCUCUACUCGGCAGACAACCUAAGCGAGAAGCAGAAGAUUCAGCUCGGCCUUCUCACCAGCGUGGAGAAGAAGCCUGUCCCCGACCGCACGGUCAACACCAACAAGUGCAUCUGCCUGCUGUCCCGCUGGCCCUUCUUCAAAGCCUUCAGACGCUUCCUCAAGUUCCUCUACAAGUUGUCGGCCAACAACGUCGACCCGCUGCCCAUCGAGAAACACAUCUCCCACUUCAUGCAUAAUGUUCCCUUCCCAUCCCCGCAGAGGCCCAGGAUCAUGGUUCAGCUCUCAGCACAUGACAGCCUAAUGCUGUCCCAGCCUGUGUGCACGCCUCUCCCACUGAGCGGGGCCGAUUACAGCACUCUUCUCACAAACCUUGGCCCAGAAAGCUGUGCAACGCUGCUGCACUUUGUCCUGCUAGAGAGCAAGAUUCUCCUCCACUCCCUCAGACCAGACGUGCUGACCGGUGUCGCUGAGGCUGUGGUGGCGAUGAUCUUUCCUUUCCAGUGGCAGUGUCCCUACAUCCCACUGUGCCCGCUGUCUCUCGCCGGGGUCUUGAACGCCCCGUGCCCUUUCAUUGUUGGAGUGGACUCCAGAUACUUUGACCUCUAUGACCCCCCGCCAGAUGUAGUUUGUGUGGAUCUGGACACCAACACUAUAUACCUAUCCGAUGAGAAGAAGCACUCGAACUGGAAGAACCUCCCAAAGAAGCCCUGCAAGAACCUUAUCAGCUCUCUGGUCAACCUGCACCACCAGCUUACCCUCGUGCGGAGGACAGCUCCAGAAGGCUCCAUGUUGGACAUGGCACCCCUUGAGGCAGACUUCACCUGGAAGAGUAAAAUGGCGGGGCUGGAGAUGGAGGUCCAGGAGGCUUUCCUGCGCUUCAUGGCCACCAUCCUAAAGGGCUACCGCUUCUACCUCAAACCCAUCACACAGGCCCCCUCGGAGAAGGCCACCGCCGCCGACUCGCUCUACGACCUGCAGGGGUUCUUGAAGAGCCGAGACCGCGCUCACCAGAAGUUCUACUCCCAGCUUACCAAGACCCAAAUAUUUAUACGUUUCAUAGAGGAAUGCACCUUCGUCAGUGACAAAGACACUGGCUUGGCCUUUUUUGACUACUGCAUCGAAAAGCUUUUCCCGUCCGAUAAAGGAACAGACAGAGGCACAAAGGUGGAAGGAGAGGGCUCAGAGGACGCGCGUCUGCUGGAGCUGGACGACUCUCAGAAGAGCGAGCACACCGUGUUCAUCAUGCCCCCGGAACCCCCCUCUGAUGGCCCGGACCCUCCUCCCAAGUACAGCUACGGGAGCUUCCCUGGCCUGCGCCUGGACCUGUUCGACCGGCCGCGGGAGCCAAAGUCGGCGCUCAGCACCAGAGCGGCAGGUGCCAGCGCGUCCGGCAGCCCCGCGCUCCUGGCCAAGAGGACAAAACAGGAAGUCAAGCUGGCGUACAAGCUGGCGAAGCGCUGCUACUCGAACCCGCCGCUGUGGGCCAAGUGCCUGUUCGGCCACUGCUACAGCCUGUGGUUCAUCUGCCUGCCGGCGGCACUGCGACUGGCCCCGUCCAAGCCCGGUGCCAUGCAGCAGGCACUCGACGUCCUCAUCAAGAUGAGAAGCUCUGAGGUGGAGGUGCUCGACGAGGUGUGUUACCGCGUGGUGAUGCAGCUGUGCGGUCUCUGGGGGAUGCCCGUCAUGGCCGUGCUCGUCCUAAUGGAGAUGAAGAAAGCUGGAGUCGAGGCCAACGCCAUCACUUACGGAUACUACAACAAGGCUGUCCUGGAGAGCACUUGGCCUAGCCAGAAUCGCAGUGGCCAGGUCAUGUGGACCAAAGUCCGGAAUGUGGUGCGAGGGGUGGCCCAGUUCAAACGGGCCCUGCGGGGGUCGGCCCACUCUAAAAGACCUCCCCCCAUUACAGCAGUAGUGUCGCUGGACGCAAUAGCUGACGGAGAGGGCGACCGGCUGAGCCACUGCAGUGCCGACAGCUCUGGCGAAACCAACGGGGACGAGCAUACUCUCUUCUCCCGGCACCUCAUCGUAGGCGUCGCUCACGGGAGUCAGAGCAGCACAGGUGCCCAGUCCGACCAGGGUUACGGCUCGAAGGACGAGCUCCACCAGGACUCCGCAGACGCGCCGAAGGCCGCAGCCUUUACCGUCUCCACCGGUGAUGACGAUGCCAAGAGAAAAGCGGAUAAGAGCCUGAACGGGGACGACACGGCAGGCUCGGUGGAUAGCGCGGUGGCUGUGUCGGAGCCCCCCAGCCCCGCUGAGCCCAGCCCUCCUCCAGCUAGCAUCGUCAAACUGCUCGGCGCCAGCCUCGAUGCUCCCCCAGGGAGAGGAGAUUCAGGCAGCAGCCCGGCAGGCGGCAGCAAGCUGUUCAAGCCUCGCAGCCGGAGCGAGGGCGUGGCCCUUCCGGAGCCCGACGGCGGCUCCGCCCCCUCGGCCCCGCCUGCCGGCCAGCAGCAGCAGCAGCAACAGCAGCAGCGGUCCAAGGCGUUCGCCGAGCGCAGCUGCAGCUUCAGCACAGAGAGCCGCGCGGGCAUGCUACUGAAGAACAGCAGCCUAGAGCUCAGUGCCGACAACAUGGGCGCCGACGCCAAGAUCCUGGCCGCCGCCUUCUCCGGCACCAAGACUCCGCCCCCCACCGCGGCCCCAGGACCAGCCUUCAAAGAGCUGGAGGCGGGGCCCAGCGUGACGUGGCCCCUCGAGGCCGGGAUUAAAGAGGCAGAGGCAGAGAAAGGUGGGAUCGGAGUGGGGAAGAAAACGGAGGAGAAGGGCACGGUGACGGAGACGCCUCAGGGCAGCGAGGGAACGGGAAGAAGCGCCAGCAGCUCCUCGUCCUCCUCCUCCAAGGUGGUGGAGAGGGAGGACGUAGAAAUCGGCGCCGAUCCGCUCUCCCAGCUGGCCUCAGAGAGCGAGGAGCUGGCCUCCAUUCAGAGCCAGGAGUCGGCCCGCCUGGUCCCGACGGUGGUCUCCCGCAACCUGGCAGACGAGAUCGAGAUGUACAUGAACCUGCAGGGCCCACUGGGCACCAAGGCCUCCAGCAUGGAGCUGCACCAGGGGGCUCCACGCGAGCCGGAGCCGGAGCCGGAGCCGGAGCCGGAGUCGGGCAAGCAUGCCCGUACGGACUCGCCGGCCGCCAACCAGGCCCUGGAGCGGAGGUCCAGUCUGCCCGCGGGCCCUGUGAAAAUGCCCGACCCGCUGGAGAACCCCAAACGCUGCCCCGCCGUCACGCGCUCCAAGACCUUCGCCAGCAAGUCCUCGAAAGCCCCUGGCUCGGCGGGCCAAAGGUCGACCUCGCUGACCGCGCUGGUGAAGUCCUCCCAGAGUGGUUCGCUGGGGUCCGUCAUCAACUCCAUCUCGGGCAUCAAAAUGGACACCCUGCUGUCGGGGCCUAAAGUGGACAUGCUAAAGAUGGGUAUGAAGCAAGCAGCUACCGUGGCCAGCAAGGUGUGGGGGGCUGUGUCGUCCGCCUACUACUCAGACGACGAGGAGGAGCAGACCCAGCCCAGGGAGGCCUUCCCCGCCCGGCUGGAGGAGCAGCUCCUCGAUGGGAAUGGCGGGCCGGAGAACGCCUUACCCAGGGGCCUCAUGCCCAGCCUGGGCUCCAACGGCCUCGCGCGGAGCACCACCAGUCUGGGCAGCAGCGGGAGCAGCGACACUGGCCGGCUGCAGCCCAGCGCGUCCAUGACCCCUGGCAGGUCCAUGAAGGGAGCCGACUCGGAGAGGUCUGUGCAGAGCUCGUCUCACCACGCCAGCUCCUCCAGCAUCUACCAGAACUGCGCUUUAGAGGUGUUGAUGUCCAGCUGUUCUCAGUGUCGCUUCUGUGAUGCUCUGGUGUAUGAUGAGGAGAUCAUGGCGGGCUGGACGGCAUACGACUCCAACCUGAACACCACCUGUCCGUUCUGCCAGGCCUCCUUCCUACCCUUGCUGCACGUGGAGUUCCACGACCUCCGCACCACCCCUGGGUUCUACCUGAAGACUAGCACUUCAGGAGACAGCAUCCACAGGGCUAGCCCACGGCCCACGGCCUCCCACGGCUCCUCAGAGGUGACGGCGGGCGGUCCCAGCGAGCCCCCAGACCUCAUCAGCUUCGCAGAAUGCCCCACAAGCAAGGAAGAGCCCGACGACCCGCUGACCUCCCAGGCCGGGACACAGAAAUCGUUGUCCACUGCACCGGGAAUGCCCAUGCUACCGAGCCACCUAUGCCUCCCCAGGUCAGGGCCGGAGAUGGCGCUUUCAGACCCCCUGAGCCUGCUGGCGGUGCAGGGUGAGAAACGCGGUACAUCUCUGACCCGUAGCAACAGUGUAGGAGGGCACCUGCACAGCCUGGACUCAGCGCAGUGGCCCAGUCACGGCGUGUCCACCUCCAGCCUGCCAAACAGCCUGCAGGAGGUGGUGGACACGCUGGGCCAGAAGCGCCCCGACCCGCCGCCCGUCUCGGUGCCUUACCUCAGCCCGCUGGUGUUGCGCAAAGAACUGGAGUCCUUACUGGAGAACGAGGGCGAUCAGGUGAUCUACACCCACAAAUUCCUCAGCCAGCACCCCAUCAUCUUCUGGAACCUGGUGUGGUAUUUCCAGCGACUGGACCUGCCCAGCAGUCUGCCAGGACUCAUACUUACCUCUGAACACUGCAACAACGGCGUGCAGCUGGCGCAGACGUCCCUGCCCCAGGACAGCAAGCAGGUGUAUGUUCAGCUGCUGUGGGACAACGUCAACCUGCACCAGGACCCCGCCGAGCCCCUCUACCAGCUCUGGAGGACCUUCUUGCGUAAGAAGGGCUCAUUGGCCCCCACUGACCACCAGGAGGUGCGGGGACUACUCAACAGCAUCGUCAGAAGCAUCCAGACCAACGACGUCUACGGCCCCAUCAAUCUGCUCCUUAGGGACAUCAAGAAACACCCACAGGUCAAACGACAAAGGAGUAUAUACAGGGAGAUCUUGUUCCUUUCACUAGUGGCCUUGGGGAGGGAGAACAUUGAUAUUGAAGCUUUCGAUCGGGAGUACCGUGUAGCCUUCGACGAGCUCGGCCCCGAGCAGCUCAGAGCACUCUCGCCCAUUGACGGCCCCCCCUCCAACAGCGUGCAGUGGUGCCUCAAAUGCUUCGGAGCUCCAUUCAUCUGACCCGCCCAGCACCAGCAGCUGCACGGGGGCGCCACGCGUCUCCUCAGCAGACCCCGGCUCAGGCGCUGGGUGCGGGGGGGGGCUAAGUCCCCUUGUUCACAACUGUCACCCAAAGAUGGUAACCUGUCAUCAUCCUCCAAAACAUACUUUGGUUUUGUUCCAUGCCUGCUUUUUUUUUUUUUUUUUUUUUUUUUGGCAGCGUUUUAGCAACGCCAGAUAUGUAGCAGGUAGUUGUUUUAUUAGCGCGAGUUAUUGAAUGUCUUCAAAUCAUGGAAACAUCAUCAGGUAUGUGCAUGGACCCUGUAGAAGGGAAGUAAAGAACUGAAGAGGUGGGAACUCUCUCGGCCCCCUCAACACUGCCUUGCGUUCCAUCUUCCCUUCAAGCCUACCUGUGGAAAGAGUCCAGAAGAAAUGGAGCCGUGUUCUCUUGAGAUGUCCAUUUCAAGGGUCUUAUACAAUGUGCACUUUCAAAAAAAAAUGAAUUGCUUUAUCUUUCUCCAUUGUUGGUUGUACAUAUUUUUCUAUGAUGGGAUAUUUGAACUGAUAUUUGCCUUUUUCAAAGUGAGGGAUCUUGUCCUAGAUUUCUAUGGAGUCAGUCUUAAAUGCCAAGCCUAUAUUAUCGA